CACACCGGCCGCAACAUGACGGGCCGGCGGACAGACUGACAGACCGGGGCACCGCAGCUCCGCACGGAUUAUUCUCCCCGCGCCGGGGCGCCGCGGCGGAGCAGCGAGCCAGCGGGGCGGGGGCGGUGCCGCGCCGCGCUGCCAGGGGGGUCCCAGCCCCCGCCGGCGAACGGCGAGCGCGUCGGGCGCUGGAGGAGCCCGGCCAGGUUAUUUUAUUGGCUGUGAAGAACCACGGACCCUUUGUGCCCUGAUGGGGGACUCGGGAUCCAGACGAUCGACUCUUGUAUCUCGGUUGCCAAUAUUCAGGAGAAGUGUUAGCCGGAGACACGACUCCCUUCCUUCUUCUCCUUCUUCUGCCAAUGCCAUUGGUGUCCACACCUCCUCCCCAUCCAGCACGAACUCCAGCUCAGGCAGCACAGGAAAGCGCCGGAGUAUUUUCCGCACUCCUUCCAUUAGCUUCCAUAACAAGAAAGGGAGUGAGCAGAAGCCUGACUCAGCGAGUCAAAAUGUUAACAUCUCAAAUGGUGCCCAGUCCUCUCUUAGCACUUUUCAAAAACUCAGCUUAGACGAGCACAUAAAAAGCAGAGGAAGGCAUUCAGUUGGCUUUGGCAGCUCAUGUAACAAGAAGAUAACAAGGUCUUUGACAGACGAUUUUGAAAAGGGAAAGGAGCCCUCAGCUAAUAAGAAUGUCUUUAUCAAUUGCAUAAGCUCUGGGAAGAAUGAGGGUGAUGAUUCUGGCUUUGCAGAAGAGCGAAGCCGAUAUUCUGUCAAACAGUCCACACGGAAACUUCUCACCAAAUCUUUUUCAUCACACUACAAAUUUUCCAAAACAGUUCCAGAGAGUCAGUCAGUUUCUUCUGUGCAGCAGCCCAGGUGCUUGCUGGAAGUUAAAUCCUAUGUGGAGAGUGAACCUGUGAUGGCCAAGUCGUCUCCUCCAUGCUCGGCUGAGACGACGGAGUGCAUGGGCAGCUCCCUGCAGUCCCCGCUGCUCUCGGCUGACCUCACGGCUGCCCAGACCCCCUCGGACUUCAUCGCGCUGACCGAGGACUCUGUUUCUGAGGCUGAUGCCCUGCCCAGCAGUGGGCCUGGGGCACUGCUCACAGAGGAUUUUGGCCACAAUGUCUCUACCUCUCAGAUCUUCUUUAAUCCUGCUGCUGCUCCUGUGAGGGAGAGAGACAGUGUGCAAAGUGCUGGCCAUUCUGCUGGCGUAUCUCCUGUGAGUCGUGCAAGCUCGUGCAGUGUGGAUUCCAGUACCUUAUUCAAAACCUCAGUUGCUAAUCAAACAAAAGUACUGUUGCAAGCCAAUGGACUACAUAUUAAUGAUGCCAGGAACAUAGAAAAAAUUAACUCAGAAAAUGGACAUUUAGAAACCUUGACGUUACAGUGUAGUGAAGAACCAGUGACACUCUCUCCAAAGGCACGGGGAUUGAGUGGCCACAGAGAUGAAAGCACUCCAUCCAAGCACAUGGGAAACACAAUUAAUGUGGUGGAGUCUAACACAGUUACAUGUUCUGAACCUCAGUCCUUCAAAACACAACAGGGUUGUGAAUCAAACCAUCCCAAAGCUGGUGUUGCCAACAGCCUCAGUCCGUACCGGGAAGGCAGAUUUGUUGAGAAACGACUGAGGUCCUCUUCAGAAGGCACUGCUGGGGGCAGCCGGCUGAUCAUAAAACCAAAGGAGGGAAAUGCAGAAGAGCUUAACAGCCUGAGGAAGCAGAGAGCAAGCUCAUCCUCUUCCAAAAUGAACAGCAUGGAUGUUUUGAAUAACUUGGGUUCUUGUGAGUUGGAUGAAGAUGACCUAAUGCUUGACUUGGAGUUCCUGGAAGAGCAACAUCAGCAGCGUUCUGUGUGCCGGGAAGACUCAUACCAGUCAAUAGUGUCGUGUGCUGCUGUAGUACUCACCCCUGUGGAGACUGCCGUGGAUACAAGGAAAAAAGAACAGAUGAUAAUGCCUGAUGUGUCCAAACAGAAUCUAUCCUUGAAGCUGUCGAAGGAGGUGGAGCAAGGAGAAGCCAGGUACCCUCGUGUCAGCCAGCUGGCUGGCAGCCCAUCUGUGGAGUGGCCUUUCGCUGGUCUGGAAGAAGGUGGAGGCAUUGAGUCUCUGCCCUUCAGACUGAUGCUGCAAGACUGCACGGCUGUCAAGACAUUGCUUCUGAAAAUGAAGAGGGUUCUUCAAGAGAGUACGGACAUGAGCCCAGCUGGCAGCACAGCCUCCCUCCCUGUUAGCCCCCUUCCUGAGGAGCCAUUGUUUUUUAAGGAUGGAAUAAAAGAUGAAUGCUCAGUGCUGAAGCUGCAGCUGAAGGAGAGAGACGAACUCAUAGCCCAACUUCGUGAGGAGCUGGAAAAGGCUCAGUGCUUUCAGAAGGCUCUGGCUUCCCAAGCAGAUAAAUCCACGCAGACAGAACUCACAGGCCAUGAUCCUUCGGUCUUUGUAUCUGCAGUUAUGCUCCUGCUAUCUUGCUUUGAAAGCACAAUCAAAUAUGAGGCCCUGUGGAACUCUCCAUGUUCUGAAGGCUUAGUUUACAAACCUAUCAGCAUCUCAUUGGUUCCAUCAUUAUUAAAUUAAAAAGCAACAUCUGGACACUCUGCACUUACGGAUAUAAUUAAAUACCGCUGUAUGUGAAAUGAGCUGCAAGUUACGAUUGCUGGCAAAAUUCUACUACUUAAGAUAAUAUUUGUAU